AACAGGCUACUCUAGCGGCCGUUAGGAGCGGCAGAACCCGCCAGCAGCAGUGACAGCAGCCAAAGCCAUCGCGAGAGUAGUGACGUCUAUUAACAGUUGUACGAAAGGAUGCCACACCAAUGAAGAACACAAGGCUCUGCUUCCUCUCACUCCACUGAAGGCACCUAUCAUAAGAAUCAUCAAUAUUGGUGCAGCUUCCCUGGGAGAGCAGAGUGUUGCGUGACAUUAUGGCUGAAGGUAGAGGAGCAGGAUGGCCAGUUGUGAUGGUGGUUUGUACUGUGCUGUAUGGCUUGACAAGUUGACCAUCUCAGUGAUAAGUAAAACAUUCAGCCAUGGAGGAGCAGCUGCCCCUGUACCUGUGGACCAAACAAGCACAGCAAUUCCAGUCUCAGCAGAUACAAACACAGCAGAUCCCAGCGCAGCACCUAACGGUAGACCAGACCCAGCAGGUGCAGCAGCAGGUCCCACAGCAGGUGCCACAGGUGCAGCAGAUCCAGCCAAUCCAGCCUGAGACCACUGAGGGGAAGUACUCCUGCCUGGAAUGUGGUAAGGCAUUUUCAAAAAGAAGCAGCUUUGAGUACCACAGGAAAACACACACAGGCGAGAAGCCAUUCCGCUGUGGCAUCUGUGGGAAGGCCUUUGCCAACAAUAGGAAUCUCGUGGUCCACACCCGAAUCCACACAGGUGAGCGCCCUUAUGAGUGCAAGGAGUGUGGAAAGGCCUUCACACAGCGCAGCAUGCUGACGGUGCACUUCAGAAUCCACACUGGCGAGCGCCCAUACCUGUGUAGUGAGUGUGGCAAGUCCUUCUACCAGAGUGACCACCUCACCAAGCACCGCAGGAUUCACACUGGUGAAAAACCUUAUGCAUGUGAUGAGUGUGGCAAGGCAUUUUCUGACAGCAGUGCUCUGAGGCAACAUAUUAAGAGACACCAGGAAGUGGGUCCAUUUAGCUGUGAAUACUGUGAGGAAAUUUUUGAUAAGAAAGUGUCAUAUGAUUUACACAUAAUGGAACACAAGGGCAUCAAGCCAGAGGAGUGUGACAUGUGUGGCAAGCAGUUCCCCACCAAAGGACUCCUCACUAACCAUAGGAGAUCCCACUUUAAGGAGAAAGCCUUUAAGUGUGAACUGUGUGAUGCCGAGUUCAUGCGCUUGGUGACCCUCAAGAAACACGUGAAGUAUGCACACGGCCACGGCACAUCAGGCAGACUCCCUCCAGUGUAUGAUGGCAGACCGUUGAGGAAGCCCUAUGGGGAAUCCAAACCCUUCAAGUGUGAUGAGUGUGAUAUGAUAUUUACAACAAAUGGCAAAUUUUUAGCCCAUCAGCACACUCAUCGUCCAAACAAGCAGUUUAAGUGUGAGGACUGUGGCAUGUGCUUUGCCAAAAGCUACACACUGGAGGUUCACCGACAGAUGCACACCAGCGUGGCACCAGUUAUCCAGACACAGCCACAUGCCAUGCCCACCAUAACAUCCAUCAUGCCUGUGAUAACCAUUCCUGCUGCUGUCAAUAUGCCUCAAAACUCGGGCAAAAUAACGGCCUAUGUCAAAGUUCCUCAGCGGCCGAUGGCAGUGAAGCGGGAGCCUCGGUGUGAUGACCCACUGGCGGUGGCCACGGCAGCAGCACAGGUCACCCCAGACCUGGUGGAGAGCCUGACCCUGCCAGAGCAGCAGCAGCCCUACAACUAUCACUACCCUGUCCAGGGAAAGACUGUGUAUGCAGCAAAGUUUAGGAAAUAGCUUAAUUUGUGUGAAGAAAUUCACGUGUUAUGUGGAAAGUAAUGUUUUAAAUAUUUACAAAAUCCAUGUGAUGGAGUAAAUAUUUUGUUGUGUAUGAAUUUAGUCCUUUGCAAUGCUUUAAAGGUGCAUAUAAUGUACAGUACAUAUAAGAUAAACGAGAAAAUUAUCAUAAUUGUACAGAAUGAAGUCUAUUUUUAAACAGCCAAAUGGCAUUUCCAUAGAUCCAGAAACACUUGUGCGAGCAUGUGGUGUGAUUUGUCCUUUGGUCUGGUAUCAUUAUCAACUAACAACCACCACCACCUCCACUGCCUUGAUCAUUGCUUCUUCCCAUGUGACAGAGGCAAGAUAUCCAUGCCCUUUACUUCCAAACAUGCUUUCUUUACCACAGGACUGCUUCAGUUUUUUUCCUUUUGCCAAUAGAUACAGGAGAAUUAUCUUAAGAUCACUAUGAACUUAGUGAAUCAACCAUCAAAUGGUCAUAUAUAUGCUAAUUAUACUAUUUAAUUAUGUCUUUUUGUUUUGCAAGUUAAUUUGGGGCACUGGCCCACAUUCACACACCUCAUUUUCUUGCUCUUUUUCAUGAUCUUGCUGUCAUUCUUUCUCUCGAUGCAAAACAGUGGGAGCAAAUGAAGCAAAUGGUUUAGAUUGCUUGCCAUCACAACUCUUAAACACCUUCAUUGUGAUGGGGCAGACAAAUCGGAUUCAUAUAAUGUUUUCAAGAAUGUAUUUAAAAAUGAGUUGGAAAAGUACAGGUAACUCUCGAUUUACACGAUAGAUGCGUUCCAAGAGGCAUCACGUAUAUCAAAAUUCGCAUAAAACAAACUUGUAAUUCUCAUAAGAAACAAUA